UUUUCGCGGGGUGUGAGGAGUGGACAGACAGAGCACAACCUUUAUCGUUUAUAAACACUGCAGUAAAAAAAAUAUAAUAUAGAGCUCGUGUUAAUGAUACCGCCUUCAUUUGAUAGAGUGUCUGCUGCCGUGAGGUUGUUAGGAUGAUGGCAGCAGUGCCUCUAUCCAGUGCCAGCCUCCUUCCUCUUCUGGAGUGUCUGGAGGAUGCUACAGCCGGGCUGUCGGAGCAGACAGAUGCCUACAUCACCAUCGCAAACCGUCUCAAUGGAGAAGAAGGACGACAGUUUCUGCCUGUAGUUGUGAAGCAUUUUGCACGCCUCAGUAAAGUCCUUCUGGUUCACAUCUCCAGUGAGAGUGAGGACCUGUGUCAAGCUGCACUGCAGGCCCUGGGCUUCUGUGUCUUCCAUUCUCACAUUGUUUCAGUUAUCCCAGCAAAUGUUUCAGAAGAUAUACUUUCUACGCUUUGUAAUGUUGUGGUAAAUUUCAAAGAAAAAUUUACGUGCACUCGAGCUUUAUGGGUUAUUUCAAAACAGAAUUUCCCUCCAGAGGUGGUGGCCAAAAAGGCCCCAGAGAUUCUCAAGAGCCUGGAGGUCAUGCAUACCAGAGAAUUACAGUCCAUCCUCAUUGAUCAUGAGUCGCUCAAUGUUAUCAUAAGAUUGCUGGAGCAGGCUCCCCCUCAGAUGGCUGCUGGAGCCGUGUGCUGGGCAAAGUUGGUUGUUCCUCUGGUAGUUCACUCGGCCAAUAAAGUGCGCUUGCGUGCAGCAGCAGCCCUGGAGCUGGGCAUGCCUCUUCUUCUGGAGAAACAGCAGGAGGUGGCAGCAAUUGUAGAGCCAAUGAUGUCCUCUACUCUCAUCCCUGAAAUGCAGAAACUGUUCACUUCAAGAAAUGAGAUGAAUAUGCUUAAGUUGUGGCCCUUAUUUGUGAGGCUUCUGGGAAAGUUGCUUCACAAAGGUGGCGCUUUCAUUAACUCCUUGUUAUAUUUGGAGGAGUUAGGUUUCCGCAGCUCAUCUCCCAAUAUUAAGAAGAUUGCCUUCAUAGCUUGGAAGAGCCUUAUUGACAACUUUGCCCUUAAUCCGGAUAUCCUUUGCAGCAACAAGCGUCUGAAGCUUCUCAUGCAGCCACUCAGCUCCAUACAUGUCAGGACUGAAGCUCUAUUGCUCACUAAGCUCGAGGUGUGGUGGUAUCUCACGGUCAAGCUUGGGCCCAACUUGGCUGCUAACUUUGAGCAGGUUGGCAUACCGCUGCUGCACAGCACGCUUCCUACUGAUUCUCCACUACAGUCCCCAGCUACACCCGCUAGAACCCCUAACCCAAGUAAUGGUACACCUAACACACCUAAAUCAGGUAUUCCAUCUUGUAGCACUCCGAACACUACUCCUCGUAUGAAUCUGAACAGCAGUAUGCAAGCAGUGCAGUCCUAUUGCUCCAUUCAGCUACUAGGGCUGGAGAUGCUUCUGCAGUGGCUCUUGGGUCCAGAAGUUACAAGCACUGCUGCCAAAGAAAAUCUUCAGCUCAGUCUGGAGCCCCUGACUCACUCACUCCUUACCAGCCCCUCAUCCUUCAGUAGACAUGCCUCUAUCCUCAUUUCAGCAGCCAGAGAUGGCUUCAUUGCUGUGGGAAAACAUGCUCCAGAAGCACUUCUCAAUCUUGUUUGGAGCAGUCUCAUUGGUUUUGUCAGUGCAACAAUAGAAGCUGGUAAUAAGAAGGAGCGGCAGGGUUCAGAGGUCCUCACCUUUCUUCUACAGGCUCUACAGUCCAUCCUGUCCUCAGUUGUUUUGCCUCCGGAGCGUGCUCUGCUUUUGUUGGAAGCAACUGUUAAGGGAAUACCUCAAAAAGUGCUUGGUUCUGCAGCCUAUCAAGUGGCAAACAUGGAUGUGUUGAAUGGUACACCAGCACUUUUUCUAAUACUGCUUUUCUACAACAGUAGCCAGCUCUCAUCAUUUCUUGAAGAUGAGAGAUUUUUUACAAGCCUGGAAAUCCUUGUAAGUUGUGGGUUUUGUGGACAGACAUCCCCCCUGGCUUUUGGAGAAGCUGUUUUAGGAGCAAUUAGUGGGAGUGUGGAGGCUGUUAAGAACAAGAAGCAGCUCUGUAGAAUGUGGAGUGUGGUGGUUACCCCUCUAACUAAUACCAUCACUCAGACCAAUGAAGUGAAUCAAGGAGAUGCUUUGGAGCACAAUUUCAGCGCCAUUCACAGUGCCUUGAUGUUCCCAGUCAUUCACCUGUUGCCUAGUUCAGCCCUAUCUCAAACAACCCAAAAGACCAUGAUCAGUACAUGGUCCAAGCUUUAUAAGGCUUUUGCCCGCUGCUCAGCUUUGGUAGCCACCGCAGAGGAGAAUGUGUGCUGUGAAGAGCUGUGUGCCAAGAUCUCUGUCUCUCUUUAUGGUGAUGCUCUGAAAAGUCCCUCUAUGUUAGAUGCAAUAGCUAAUGUCUUGCUGAUCAUCACAGAGAGUAUGGACUUCUCUCCUUACACCGCACAGUUCCAGCAGAAGAUGAAAUCUCCUCAUACACCCUUGAGUUGGGCACGGAAGAGAAACAAAGCCCUGGGGAAUUUCUCGAACUUCCAUGCUCUCCUGAUGCAGACUCUUGAAGCAUUUCUUGCUUUGAACCCAUCAGAAGCAUCUGCAGAGCCCAAUUGUGGGCUUGGCUUGACACUGAUCUCUAUUUUUUCAAUCCUUUUUACUAACAUCAAAAUGCCCACAUUCAUACAAGAAGUGCUCUCAACCAUCACCAAACCACUCGCACGUUUUUUUGAACAAUUCCCAAGUUUUGAUGAAGAGUCAAAGCAUAGUGCAGCACUACCCAAGUUAGAGAAACUGGCUGCAGACCUGCUUUGCUGUCUUCAGACACACUCAACUCUGCACGACGAUGAGCUGCUUGCUGUGUUGUCACCCUUGCUUUGUGUGCUUUUCCCACACAAGAGCAAGCAAAUUCGCACUGUGGUCACUCAGUUUUGGAAUGCCACGUUUGGAAAUAUGCUCUCAUUGAUUUACCCAGAGGCUCUAAGGGCUGUUUUAAAUCAGGCUAAGGAGAAGACUCCAUUGAUAUUACCUGGAUUUAAAGCCGUUACUACCCCAGAUGAUUGCAGUGAACCAUAUUCGAGUGAGAGUUCUCAGCUGGACCCUCAGGUCAGUGGUGUAAAGGUGACCUCUGUGGGAAAGAGGAAUUCUCUUUUUUCUAGGGCAGAAAAUCUGAAAGAAAGAAGCUCUGUAACUAAGCCUGUGUCUGUUAAGCUGGAUUUUGGAUCCCCCAAGCCUUUGAGGUGUGAAGCUAUUGAGGAGGCGGCAUCAGUGGAUUUUGUUUUUAUUCCACCUGAAACUAAGGAGAGAGUGCUGACUGAGCACCAGAAAGAGGUCAAAAGGACUAAAAGAGCUGAUAUUCCUGCUUUGUACAAUAAUCUGGAUGCCUCCCUUGACACCGCAGUCUUUACACAAUACUCUCAAAGUCAGGAGGAAUCCAUGGACAAAUUGACAACAGAUGAAAAAGAUCUACUAACAGAAGAAAAGAUUCAGCUGAAGGAGGUUGCCACAAUUAAGGAUCCAAUCGCAGACGUUAAGUUAAUCCAAGAUGCCACCAGAUCAGACCUAGAAACAACAGAAAAAGCUAAGAUGCAAUCGCCAUCUAGAGAUGUCUCGGUGGAUGAUGUGAGUGACCAUGAGAAAAGUGGAUUAGAGGAGAUCAGCCCUAAUGUUUCAAGUUCAUCUGAUAUGAUAACCGGUACACCACCUCAACCCAACAGCAGGCGUCAGUCUUUCAUAACUUUAGAGAAAUAUGUUGAGGGGAAGCCAUCUAGUCCCGCCGGUGUUACAUUUACUGGUCCAUUCACUCGGAAAUCAAACAGACUGGAUUCUUCAAAGGCAUUGCAGACUAGUCCUAAUGCCUCUUUGGCCUCAGAACCUUUUACGGAGGAGGACUCUCAAAAGAUUUGCAGCACUGAGCUAUCUGCUCAAAAUGAGGAAGAACGCAUGGAGGCAAAAGAUGACAUUAAGUCAACAAAUAGUCAUCCUUGCAAAGGCACAGAUGAGGAAGAGAAUGACGUGGUCCCAGAUACCCAGACUCAAGUAUCUAAUGGAAAAGAAAUGUUGGAUAUUAAGAAUAGUCCUGUGUUCAAAGCCAGUGUGCAGGACACAAGUGCCAUUGUAUCUGAAAAAGCCUCUUAUGAGGGAGAUUCACAGACUCUUCCUGAUUCUCAAAGUGAUCUUAGCUCAAGUCAAGAACCAAGAAGGUCAGGCAGACGUCGAAGUCGACCUCUUCGUCCAGGAGAGGAUCCAGUGGCGAGGGAGCCUGAGAGCCAAUCGCCAGAAAAAAAUCAGGUUGCAGAGCUGAAAAAUGCACACAAGCCCACUCUAGCUCCUACUACAUCAACAAAUAGCACUUUGCCUGGGAGGAGCCUAAGAAGUAAGAUUCUUGAGGAGAGUAAAGCUGAAAAUGACCUGCUAAAGAAUAAAGGGGUGGAAGGAGAGCCUAGCCAAACUGAUUCACAGAUUUCCUCUGCAGAGUCUUCUAAGGCACUUUCACAGAGAAUAGGUAUGUUUGGGAAUAAAGAAACUGAGUCUUCUCAUGAGAGGUGUCCUGUAGCUCGAUCUGAUAGCCAAUCUAAAGAGAGACUGUCACCUCUUAAUGAGCCUGAGAGUCUGUCACCAGGUAGACCUAUGAGGAAGACUAGAAUGAGCAGUGCCAAUCUUGAGGGAUUUAAAGAAAAGAAAGAGGCAGAUGAAAACACCCAAAAUAAUUCUCAAAACGCAGUAUCCGCUUCGAGAAAAAAAAUUACACAUCCACCGGUUUCUGAUAUAGAGCCUCAAAGCCAACAAAUUGGCACGUUACGAAGAACAAGGAGAUCUGCCCCAUCGGAAGUAGUGGAGAUGGCCAGUUCACAGACCAAAGAUAAGCCAGCAACUGAUGAACAAAAAGGGCAAGAAUUGAGCGAAAAUUACUCCCAAACACUAACAAUGGUAAAGAGCAGAUCUUUAAGAAGGAAAAACACAGAGGAAGAUAUAAGCUCUAGUAGAGAUACAACUUUAAACUUAAGUGAGACCCCAGAUUCCUCUGAAGGACAGGGUAGAUACAAAACUCGAAGAUCAUCUAAAGGUUUGCUGGCCACUUCUGACAAAACAGAGUCUGAAAUAUCUGAUAGCAGGGACAAUGGACAAAGGCCUAAAAAGAGGCCACGGAAUCAACAAACCAAUGACACGCUCCAAGUUCCUGAGAAGGUUCUGGAUAAGGAUGAUGGUAAUGCUCGUUCUGACAUUUCAAUGGAGAGAUCUACAUCACAGAAUGGGCCUGAUCCUGAACCUAGUUUGGAUAUUUCAGGCACUGACACCAAAGAAUUUGAACAAAAAGACAAAGAGGUCCCUGCAACUGAGAAUGUAGUACAAGAACGGAGUCAAACCGACACCGAAUUAAGAAUGAUAAUGGAUGCAGAUAAAAAGGAUGUGGCAUGUACAUCUAUCAGUCAGAAAGCUGAGGGUGAAGAAACAAAGACGUCUUUACAGAACAGCCCAUUGGUAACUGAAGAUUUAAAGUUGAAGACAGAAGUUUUGCAUAAAUGCCCACAUACAAGAGGGCAGGGCCGUGGACGUAGACGAUCAAGAAACUGUAACUGCUUUAACAACCGUAGCUUGUUCUCGCAGGAAAUUGACUCGCAGGAUCUGAACAAUGAUCAGGUUCCACUUGAUACAAAUGGACUGACAUCCCAAUUGGAGCAGUCCAGUCCUACAUCUUUAUCAGAGGGAGACGAAUGCACUGCAGAUGCAGGUGUUAUCCCAGAUGCUGACAUACAGUUAUCUUCAUCUGAGGUUUUGUCUUCUGAAAGCCCUAUUACAAAGCUUGGUGAUAUUGUUUCUCAGCUGUCUCAUGUUGAGGAAAGAUCAAACCUAAAUUCAUCAAAACCAAUGGGUAACUCGAUCAAAGAGCUUUUUGAAGUCCAGGAAGUAAAGAUGGACCAGUUUGAGGAUUUAGGGUGUGGAGGCAGUCAAAAGGACAUGGAGGAAGAGGACUGUUCAGAAAACGCAUCAGCAAGUCAGGAACCACUUCAGAGUUCAACACCUCAAGACACCUCUCCAAGCAAAGGUCAUCCAGUGGAAGAUGCACCUAAAUGCCAAGAGCAGCUAGAGUCUGCCCAUUUCCAGCAAGAGGAUGCAGUUAUGCCUGCAGAUAAGCAAAGUGAAGGCCUUAUUGUUCCAGAUAAAAAGGAGCUCAUGUCAGAAAACCCAAAUAAAGCACAUACACUUGACAAAGACGCUCCUCUUGUUGAGAGAGAGUGUGAAGACACACAGAUGGACAACCAGGAUCUUCUUGCUGAUGUACAAGAAACUGCCUCUGAUGGUCUUAAAGAGUCAUCAGUGCCUUCACAGAUUAGUACCUCUGAAGUCUGCUUAGAUUCUCCACCCAAACCUAAACCUUUAGAAGCUAUCAGUGGUGAGCUGGAGCCUGGCCAGAGCCCGAGCAGAAGUAGAACUUGUGUAUGGACGCCAUCUGCCUCUCCAUCCACCAGCAUUCUAAAGAAGGGGCAGAAGAGAACUUUUGAUGAGGAUACUCCCUCUCCUAUUCUUAAGUCUCGUCGAGUGUCCUUUGCAACUCCAAUUUACCAUCAAGAAUUAGCUGAUGAUAUUGAUCGACGUAGUCCUGUUGUUCACACCAGCUCACCUAGGUCAAAAGUCUUGAGUGGACAGUCAAAGUAUAUCACUACACCUACGAAAGGCUGUUCAACCCUUAGCCCACGUAACCUCCGUAGCCCUGGAUUCAGAAGUUCUAAAAAAUGCCUGAUUUCAGAGAUGAGCCAGGAACCACGACCUAUUGCUAAGGAUUGUGUUUUUCCUGCACUGGUUGGCUGCUCUGCUCCUGUAGAGGCUGUUUUACCACAGAUAUCCUCCAACAUGUGGCCUCGUGGCUUUGGUCAACUUGUUCGAGCCAGGAACAUCAAAACAGUUGGAGACUUGAGUGCCCUUACCCCUAAUGAAAUCAAAUCACUUCCUAUUCGUUCACCUAAGCUGUCCAAUGUGAGGAAAGCACUUAAAACCUAUCAUGAAAAACAGAGGAAAGGGUGUUCUGAUGAGCUGAAGAGUUUUGACGAAAUGGAAAAAAUUACAUCGGAGCCUGAAGAGAUGGAGUUUCCUCAAAGCCACGAUGAAGAGCAAACACCAGAAGAAUCACCAGAGGCUCAAGAUGACAAACCAUCAGAAGAGGUUGUAGAUUUAGGACAGCUGGCUGAUGAAAGCAAAACUAAAGAUUUGCUAACAGAUGUUAUAGCCCUUGCCGGACGCCUUACUCCAGAGGAACUUAGUUGCUGUUCACCGAACAAGUUGUGCCUGAUGCACGAGCAUCUGAGUGGAAUGAUGAGGAGCAUUGUGACCCAGCUUCAGUCCCGGCUUCUAAGUAAUCCUGACGAUAGCUUGCCAUGAGGACAUUUUCACCUUCAUGAGACAUUUUCCUGAACUCAAGAAUUCAUUUUUAACUUGAAGAUUAACCGUGGACUGCUCAUUCCUCAAAUUUUAGUUGAAUUUUAGACUAGAUUAAAUUCUAAUUAUGCUCUCAGAGAAUAGACUUUAAUGGUCAAUAGACAUUUUCCUUGCUACUUAAGUGUCAAAUACAAGACCAUUAUGAGUUUAAGUGAUUUUAAAGACAAAAAUUGUGUCAGGAUGCCACGAAAUUUUAAUAAGAAUAAA